AUGCUUACUAGCAGUGCACGCCACGACGACGACACCGCCGCAUCCAUCACGAAGUCGACCAGUGAAGCCAUUCAUAUGCAGGCGCGGGCAGGUUUCGAUGAUGCCGCAGAUGCAGCUGCAUCUGACCACGCCACGAACUUUGGGGUUGAAGACGUCGAGCCCUACCGACAUCAAGAUGAUGAUGACGCCAAUGGCCACGUCGAAUUCGAUGGCAAUCCACGUCCUCCCAAGCUCAGAAAAAGAACGGCGAUGUCUUCAUUCUACGAUGAUCUCGAGCAGCAGACGUCGACACUUCACCAGGAUGGUCGACCUGUGAUUGAACCUGACAGUCCGCAAAAAGAGAACGAGGAAAUUGCGGAAGACGACGAGGACCUCAGUGACGUGGGAACGGAGGAGGGUGACGACGCAAACCUCAGUGACGAGGAGAUUGAGGAGGAAGAUGAAGACUUCAGUGACGAAGAGGCGAAUGAGGAUGACGAAGACCUCGACGAGGAGCUUGGGCUCACCUCUGAUGAGCAGUGGUGGGAUGCGUACAAUACGGGCAAAGACUCUAUCGGAGAAGUGUUAUGGCGGGUCGGCGCUCAACAGAGGAUUGGCCGAGGCUUCGUGAAGAGGCUCACGCCAAGUGCAGAUAAGUCCCAAGAGACACACACCAUGCCAGACCAAGAUGUCCUGGUUGGUGCCUGGCAACAGCGACGGAAUCUCUAUCCCAGCUUACUUGUCGAGAACAUCCCGUCUUGGAGGUUAUGGGAAUAUCAACUAGGACUUGGCUCCAAGAGAGCAGGCGUGGAGGAAAUGCAGCCAAGUCUCGAGGAGAUUAGGAAGAUGAAGGCAGAGCGUAAUGCGCGCUUGGCGAACUCCAACAAAGGACGAGAAGAGGUUGAAGGACAAUACCAGGGAGAAGGACGAAGCGUCAAGGAGGGAUCAGACGUCGACAAGGGACCAGGCGUCGACAAGGGACCAGACGUCGACAAGAUACCAGACGCUGGGAAGAAGAGAGACGCUUGA